AGUGCCAGGGCGGGCGGUGAAUUCGGGUCCACUGCGGCCGGUGCGGUUGGAGCGUGGCGCCUCUUGCUGCUCUCCCGCUUCCCUCCGCCCUCCACGUUCCCUCAGCUACCCCCGCGAUGCACCCGCGGCGCCCCGACGGCUUCGACGGUCUCGGCUACCGCGGGGUCGGUCGCGACGAACUGGGCCCCAGCUCCAGGCCCUUCAGCAGCGGCUCGGAGCUGGGUCCCUGGGUGACCAGCCCGCCCGACAUCCCCGGCAGCCGCAAUCUGCACUGGGGCGAGAAGACGCCGCCGUAUGGGGCCGGGACCCCUCUGGGCGGGGCCGGCCCCAACGAGGAGGCCAACCUCGGGGCGGGCGGCCCCGGCGCCGAGCAGUUGAACAGAUUUGCUGGCUUUGGUAUUGGCCUUGCAAGCCUAUUUACAGAAAAUGUGUUGGCUCAUCCUUGCAUUGUUCUGCGUCGUCAGUGUCAGGUUAACUAUCAUGCACGGAAUUAUCAUCUCACACCAUUUACUAUUGUCAAUGUCAUGUACUGCAUCAAUAAGACACAGGGUCCAAGAGCUCUCUGGAAAGGAAUGGGCAGCACUUUCAUUGUUCAGGGCAUAACCCUGGGAACAGAAGGUAUCAUCAGUGAAUUUACACCUUUGCCAAGAGAGCUUUCACAUAAAUGGAACAUCAAGCAGAUAGGCGGACACUUUUUACUUAAAGGGUUAGCGCAUGUGAUAGCAAUGCCUUUUUAUUCUGCGAGCCUGAUUGAAACUGUACAGAGUGAAAUAAUUCGAGACAAUCCUGGCAUCCUGGACUGCGUGAAAGAAGGAAUCGGCAGAGUUGUAGGCUUGGGAGUACCCCAUAGCAAGCGUCUCCUUCCUCUGAUGGUCCUGACUUUUCCCACUGCUCUACACGGAGUUCUUCACUACGUUAUCAGUUCCAUCGUCCAGAAGCUUGUCCUGUUUGUUUUGAAAAGGGAUAAUUCCCACAGCCUUCCAGCUGAGAGCUCCACUUCAGUGCAGAACAUGCUGGAUGCGUAUUUUCCAGAACUUAUUGCUAGCUUUGCUGCUAGCCUUUGUGCUGAUGUCAUGCUUUACCCACUGGAAACAGUUUUGCACCGCCUUCAUAUUCAAGGGACACGCACAAUAAUUGACAAUACAGACCUUGGCUAUGAAGUGCUUCCAAUCAAUACUCAGUAUGAGGGAAUGAAAGACUGCAUAAAUACUAUAAAACGGGAAGAAGGGAUGCAAGGUUUUUAUAAAGGAUUUGGAGCUGUUAUAGUACAGUAUACCUUGCAUGUGGCAGUUUUACAGCUUACCAAAAUUAUUUACUCAACACUGCUUCAAAAUGUUUCUUAAUCUGUCCUGGUCUGGAUCUAGCACAUUGGACAUGACUGACUUGCUAACCUAGUUAUUGUUUAAAUGGCUUUUAGAAAAUGAGCUUUGGGGAAUCCACUCUGUGGAUUCUUCUUACACUGUAGAAUAACUUGUUUUAAAAAUGGGGAUAUAGUUUCCGAAGUGUAAUUAAAAAAAGACUGUUCAAAAAUUACAGACAAAUUGAGUAUCAUAUGCAGUCAUACAACGGGGAUCAGAUUUCACAUGUGAUUGCAUUGAGGGUUUACUUUUCCUUGUACCAGUUCUCUGUCAUAAGGAAUGGAUAUGAAUUGUUAAGUAUCUGCUUUAUAAGCAUCACAUCUGAUACGCUGUCAGCCAGUGGAAAGGAAUUAAUUUUCUUAAGUUGUAAGAACUUGCAAGUAGGAGACUGAUGUCUUUACUGGUUUUUUAAAAAUGUUUCCAACUUUACUGUUAAUGGAGCUGUGAGAAAAACAGAAACUGUAAAAGUGACUGAAGUAGAUUUAAAUGUUAUAAUUUACAGGUACAUAAAAAACUUACUUUGCUGCAGUGUGGCAGAAGAUGACAAAUGGGAAUAUUUUGCUUUGUAUAAAAACAACAAAAAAUGGGUGUGGAGCGAAGCUGCACAGAAUGCAGAUUUGGGUGUCUUGCGGUUUGUUUGCAAGGCUUACCUUAACUAAGUGUGUGAAUAAAGCAAAAUAGAAACUGAUGUGUGGAUGUGUAAGUGCCAUUUUAGUUGACUUUCCACUGAUAACUUCAAGGUUUAGUUUUACUCUAAUGUUCCAUAUGAGAGUGUAAUAAUCAUACAAAUCUGUGUAGUAGUGGUGGUGUUCAAAGUGUACAGAAAGGCUAAAAAAACAAUUGGUUGUUCCUCUAAUUUCUCUUUUGUUGGAUUGGAGGGGUGUGUAUAAAAUUGUCUCCUUAAUUAUUUAGUGCUGAUGUAUGUAACUUAAAAUCUCUGCUAGUUUAAAUAUUUUGUGGAGCAGAGCUAAGUCUGUUUAUGUGCAAUGGAACCACUGAAAUACAUAAUUUUUGCCCUCUCCCUCUUCAGACUCAGCCUGAAAAUGAUUUUUAAUCAUUCUAAAUAACCUAAUCCUUGAUUUCAUCAGUAAAAAUGGGGGGUAGGGAGAUGGUUUUUGCAAGUAAAACGAGCAUGUGGAAAGCCACUUCUAAAUUAUGAGAGCCUGCUGCUUUUUUCACAUUCAUGUGGCAAGUCUGUUUUUGUGAAUGCUGUGAAACUGAUCUGCAUUUUAAUCAGUCAUUGUGUAGUUAUCAUUAAUGAAAAGUAGUCAUGGCAAUAUAAUGCAAAAUGUUGCUCUUUGUAAGGUCUGAAUUCAGAUCAGGUCUACUUUAUUAUUAAUCUAACUUUCAUGUAUUUUAAAUGCCUAAGUGUUGAAAUGGAAAGUAUGGUGAACUUGGAAAUUGGUUUAUUUUGAAAUACUGUUAGUUGCAAUUUUAAUGUAUAGUGUAUGAAAUAAAAUGAGAAUUCACUGUAAGUGUUAUAAAAUAAUUCACCAAAGAAGCAUGUAAAGGAAUCCUGGUUUAUGUGUUAUGUUUUACUGUAUAGACUCCAGAGUGGCAUUUUCAAGUUCCUCAGCUUUCCUAAGUGCAAGAACUUGAUUAAUUAAACUACUUGCAAGAACUUAGGUAAAAUACUCAGUUCCUGGGUUGGUUUCUUUUAAAAUUUCUAUGAGUAUAAAAAUGGCCAUGCCAGAGAAUCAUCC